AUGGAAUUUUCCUUGCGAUUUCACCUUUUAACAGUUUUUGUCUCAAGUAUCAAGGUUUAUGCUCAAGUGGUACAAGCUGUGAAGCAUCCAGGCCUGCAGGUGCUGGGCACGGCCUCACAUUAUUGGCCUCUCGAUGCUGUGGACGGAAUCCAUGAGCUGUGGGACCAGAUUGGAAAGAGACCAGGUUAUAUUAACGGAAGUAACAUAACUCUCAGAAUCCACAACCACACUGUGCUCCCUUCCUCCCAUAACUCUUCCUAUGUGUAUACCAAUGACUCUGCCUACACUAACAUUUCUGCAACAGUAGACAUAGUUGAAGGAAUGGUUAACAAGGGCAUCUUUCUGAAUGGAGAUAAUGGCGGCACCUUCCUUCACUUUGGAAACUACCAGAACUCUUGCAUCAGUGACCCUACUUUGUGUGGUCCUGAGGGGAUUACCUUCUCCUUUUUUUGGAAAAACCAUGAAGUCCAGUCCCGCUAUGCUGUGGCCUCUGGAGGGAAAGUUAUAUCCAACGGCUUCUCUGUCUUCACCAAUCCCCAUGGAGGUUAUGUGGAGUUUUACACUCGAGGCAACAACCACAGAUGGAAGGCCAACAUCAAAGUCCCAGGGCCUUACUGGACCCACAUUCUCUUCACAUGGAGAAAGACAGAUGGUCUGAAGGUCUACAUCAACGGCACCUUCACUGCCGGCGACGCAGCUGGCAACGUCUCGGCGAACUACGGCGACCCCUACCCUGACCUGGUCAUCGGGACUGUCAACGAUAAGGCGUACGGUCACUUUUUAACAGGCGCUUUUGAUGAGUUUGUCAUCUGGGAAAGGGCCCUUCCGCAAAACGAGAUUAUGCUCUACUACAGCGCAGCCAUAGGUCAAGCCAUUGUCUCUGCCACAACACCCAGAUCCUUCAAGGAAGUCAUUUCAACAACAACAACAACUAGAGCCACUGCAGUGAGUCCUCCUGUCAUCAGCAGUCAGGGGGAGCAGACCCAAAGCCCCCCGGAUCCGGACCCAAUGCCAGUGUUGGGCUUCCUGAAGGUGAUGCCCAACAGGACCAUUCCUCACAACACUGCCAACAACCUCACGCAGGCUUUUCUCAAAAGUGUGGAAGAAGUGUUGUCCUCUCCUGGGCUGCCAGAGCAGUCCAGCCCUGUGGUCAGCGGUCUGAUCGAGACCGUGGACCGAGUGAUGGAACACAUGGUGACGAACCUGGAGCCCAGCCCGAACUCUCUCAUCACCCUGGGUGGAACGUCUUUUGUUGCAGAUUAUUCUCUCAUGAAGGUCCCGCAGAACUACAACCUGCAGCAUUAUCGCUUCCCUACACAUGGCAAGAGCUACAUAUCUGUGCCUGGGGAGGCUCUCACUUUGCAGACUCAAACCACCAUUGUUGGCCUCUUCUACCACAACAUGCACAGCUACUACAAGGAAAUCAACCCGGUCAAGACCAGGAUUAACGAAGCCUCUGAUUUCAAGGAUCACAAGAUCCAGAUAGCGAGCUGUCUCAUCUCCCUUAAGGUGGAGCCUUCACCAGCCCUGUCAGUCAACCUCUCUGGAACACCUCUCAUCAAGAUUGUCCUCACACACGUUCUGACCAAAGAACAGCAAGACCAAGUUCUAAAUCAGAGCAAUAAAGUCUUCCUCUACUGUGCCUUCUUGGACUACAGCUCAAAUGAGGGAGUGUGGUCCAACAAAGGCUGCGUCCGUUCAGAUGGGAACAUGACGUACUCUGUGUGCCUGUGCAACCACCUCACCAACUUUGCCAUCCUAAUGCAAGUGGUUCCCAUAAAGCUCACUACUGGCCACCUGGUGGCACUAUCAACCAUUGGUUAUGUUGGCUGCUCCAUUUCUAUCUUGUGUCUCACCAUCACUCUCGUCACCUUUGCAGUCCUGUCGUCAGUGAGUACCAUCCGUAACCAACGCUACCACAUCCAUGCCAACCUGUCCUUCGCCCUCCUGGUGGCUGAGAUCCUACUGCUCAUCAGUGCUCGCUUUGACCCGGGCACGCUGCCCUGUAAGGUGAUGGCCGUCCUGCUACACUUCUUCUUCCUGAGCGCCUUCGCCUGGAUGCUGGUGGAAGGCCUCCACCUCUACAGUAUGGUGGUGAAGGUGUUUGGCUCAGAGGGCAGCAAACACUUCUACUAUUACGGCAUCGGCUGGGGCUCUCCAUUGGUCAUAUGUGUAGUGUCCAUGACAUCAGCUCUGGACAGUUAUGGCGAGGUUGACAACUGUUGGCUUUCACUGAAGAAUGGAGCCAUCUGGGCUUUUGUGGCACCGGCUCUGUUUGUCAUCAUGGUGAACAUUGGCAUCCUGAUUUCUGUGACCAGGAUCAUAUCUCGAAUCAGCGGAGAGAAUUACAAGGUUCAUGGAGAUGCCAAUGCAGUCAGGCUGACAAUAAAGGCUGUAGCUGUGCUGCUUCCUAUACUCGGCAUCUCUUGGGUCUUUGGUGUUCUUGCCCUUAACACGCACUCUUUGCCGUUCCUGUACAUCUUCGCUGUGUUUAACUCAUUACAAGGAUUCUUUGUUUUCUUAUUUCACUGUCUUCUCAACUCUGAGGUCAGAGCUGCUUUCAAACAUAAAACCAAGGUGUGGUCCCUCACCAGCAGCUCCAUCCGAAACAUCAAUGUGAAGCCCUUCAACUCGGACAUUAUGAAUGGAAACAAGGAGGGUGUGAUGCCUACCAAGAUGAACACAUGGGACAAAAGCACCAACUCAGCCAAUCGUAUGGACCUCUCCGCCGUGUAG